ACGCCGCAGCGGCCGACGAGCGGGCCAAGGCAGGCCCGGCCAGCAGGGAGCGAGAGGAGGAGGAGGAGGCCGGCGACGCGAUAACUCGAGCGGACGCGGCGACGACGCUCCCGGACGAGGCUGCCAGAGGGACGCCGUCCGACGCCAAGCAGUUCAGGAUAUACCAGACCAUUACCAGAAAGGUGCAGAAGCUCCUGUUCAGGAAGCAAGGAGUUCAAGAGGAGAAGGAGGUUAAGGACGAGGAGGUAGCGGAAGAAGGGGAAAAGGACGAAAGGGAAGGAGAAGAAGAAAAGGAAGUAGAAAAGGAAGAAGAAGAGAAGGCCGAAAAGUCGCCCCUUCUUCAAGAGCGCGACGAGGAAGAAGCGAAAGAACAGGUGCCGAAAGACAGAAGGGAAGAGAAAGGGGGGGAGGAAACCCGAGGGAGAAGAGAGGAGUCCGAGGGAGGAGCUUGAGAAGAAGAGUGUCAGCGAGGAGCGCGAGGAGGCAGGAUACGGCGAGGGAGUGCAGGAUGGCGCCAGGGAGAGCCCUGUGAGUGAGAAGCAUGGCGGCAGCGAGGACGCAUGGAGAGAGGUGACAGACAAGGAGAAGGAGGAGGAGGAGAAAGAGCAAGUAGAGAAAGGAGCCGAUGAGAGUAAAGCGAGCGCAAAGGAGCCGAGGAAAGGAUCUAUGACCUCGUGGAAGGCGAGGAGGAGAGAAGGGAGGCAGAGGAAGUGAGCGAGGAGCCGCAGGUCGCGAGCUCGCGGGCCUCCCCAAAGGAGAUUGACGACCCUCAGCGGCGCCCUUGGCCGUGAGCGAAGGCAUCUACGUGAGUGACCGCCUCGUCGUGAGCACCUGCGACCUCGCCAGCGACGGCGAGGUGCUCGGGGUCGUCCGCGAGGGCGAGGAGCACAUCUACGAGGUCCCGGCCGACCUCGUGCGCGAGGCCCAGCUCCACCUCCUGGUGCUGAGGGCGGCCGGCGCGCCCUCACGCCCUCUCCCGGCCAGGAGGAGGGCAGGCGGAGGAGGAAAGAGGACGUGGUGAUCGUCCGCCGCAGGAGGAGGAAAGGUGCCGAGGGAGAACAGGAGGAGGAGGAGGAGGAGGAGCUGGUGAGCGUGGUGAGGAGGUCCCGCACGGAAAGCUGCAGCAGCUCGGUGAGUGAGGGCAUGUAGGCGAGGAGUCGGUGGGGCGAAGGAGGCGAAGGGCCCGGGGUGGAGGGGAG